ACGGCGUAAAUAUCAUCUUGAAAAUUAAAUAAAAAAUUAACGUUUCUCACCCCUCACCACGACAACUCGCGUUUUCGCGGCCUUAAAUUGCGUUUUUGCAGCCGCCAAUCAUCUCCUCCGUUUUCAAUCGCCGGGUUCAUUUCACCGUUAAUCCGUCCCUCAACGUUGUUAUCUGCAGUUCUCCAAAGCCGCUCAGGUCCCUGCCUGUCCAUCUGUAGAAACUUCGCCAAGUAGUGGUAUAGAUGUCUGAGAAAUUCUCACCUGCUCUUCGAAUUGGAGAUCUCAACGAUUUCAUUGCACCUUCACAGGCAUGUAUAGUCUCCCUCAAGGGAUUCAAUAAGACCGAUAAGAAAAAGCCCGAUAAAGUUGAGGUGUCAAUCGCUGACAGACAAGUGAAGUCAGAACCUGUUAAAAUUUCGCUUAAGGAUUGUUUGGCAUGCAGUGGAUGUGUCACAUCAGCAGAGACGGUUAUGCUGGAGAAGCAAGGUUUGGAUGAGUUUCUGUCCAAUAUUAAUAAAGGAAAGGCAGUGAUUGUGUCUGUUUCUCCACAAUCAAGGACUUCUAUUGCAACGCAUUUUGGCAUUUCUCCUGUCCAGGCUUUCAAAAAACUGACAAGAUUUUUCAAAUCAUUGGGAGUGAGGGCUAUUUUUGAUACAAGUUGCAGUAGAGACUUGACCCUGGUCGAAUCUUGUGUGGAAUUCAUCACAAGGUAUAGACAAAAUCAAUUGGUAGAUGAUGAGAGGAGUAAGUCUAGCCUACCCAUGAUUGCAUCAGCAUGCCCAGGUUGGAUAUGCUAUGCUGAAAAGCAACUUGGAUCCUUUGUUCUACCUUACAUUUCAUCAGUGAAGAGUCCCCAACAAACAAUUGGAACUAUCAUAAAGCGUUAUGUAUGCCAAGAUAUGGAACUCAGGCCAGAAGAAGUAUACCAUGUCACCGUGAUGCCUUGUUAUGAUAAGAAGCUAGAGGCUUCUAGGGACGACUUUGUUUUCCAAUUAGAUCCCCAUGCUGAAGGGCAUGAAGGUGAAGUUAAUAUGAUUUCGGAGGUAGAUUCGGUAUUGACAACUGGAGAGAUUUUGGAAUUGGUUCAGUCAAAAGAAGUUGAUUUUAAAAGCUUAGAAGAGGCUCCGCUGGAUAAAUUGCUAACAAAUGUUAAUGAAGAAGGAGACCUUUAUGGGGUCCGUGGAAGCUCUGGAGGUUACGCUGAAACAAUAUUCCGAUAUGCUGCCAAAACACUUUUUGGAAGACACAUCGAUGGCCCUUUGGACUUUAGAAACAUUAGAAAUUCAGAUUUUCAGGAAGUUACUUUGGAGGUUGAGGGAGAAACAGUUUUGAAAUUUGCUCUCUGUUAUGGUUUCCGGAAUUUGCAAAACACUGUACGAAAACUUAAAACAGGGAAAUAUGAUUAUCAUUUCCUAGAAAUCAUGGCGUGCCCUUCAGGUUGCUUAAAUGGGGGAGGUCAAAUCAAACCAGUUUCGGGACAAUCUGCUAAAGAAUUGAGUCAUUUAUUAGAAUCAGUUUACAUGGAAAAUGUUUUGCCCGCAGAACCAUUCGACAAUCCCAUUAUUAAAGGUUUAUAUGACAACUGGCUUGAGCAGCCUGGUUCUGAGAAAGCAAGGAGAUUCAUGCAUACACAAUAUCAUGCCGUGAAGAAAAGCAUCACUUCUCAGUUGCAUAAUUGGUGAGGUGUUGAAACUCAACAUUUUGUAGUUUCUUCUCAAUGUAAUUUCAAGAUAUUAGGCGGAAGAUUAUGUCAAUAUCUGUUUCUCGGACUCCCUGUGAAUAUGUUGGCUUAUUGGAGUGGAGUUGUCCAAUUUUGGUAGUCAAGGUGGAUAUUUUGUCUGUAAUAAUUAUAAUUAUUAUAAUGUAUAUGUACCCCCUGAUCUACACAUAUAUUUAGAUAGGAAAAAGAACCACAAACAUCCAUUUGUAAUGGACCCUCGAGGACCUUUCCUCAGAUGAUCAUGUGGGUCUGCUAUUAAGCUUAGGAUACAAGUUCUCAAUAAAAGAUUCCCCAACUACAUGUGUCCUUCCGAGUGAUUAGGUGAGAGGAUUAGAGUGACAGUGCCCGGUUGUUGGAGUAGAAAUUUUAUGCUUUGUUUUUUAUCAAAUCUUAAAAUCAAAUGAAGCAUCACAUUUUUCUCUCAUA